AGGUUUUAAUGCACUGCCUUUACUUUAUUUAAUCCAUCAUUCAGUUGUGUUUUUGUUCUUUAACUGUAAAUUUGAGGAAUCUAAAUGAGCCAGAGUUCAGUUCAGACUUUAAAGGCACCACAUUGGAAAACAGCCUGUUUCAGUUUAAGAGUUGUUUUGCAUGCUCAAAACAAUGUUCUGUCUCACUCCCAUUUCUUCCUGUUGCAUGUUGAAGCUCUACUUGGAACCUUGUUAAGCUCCAACCAUGAAAAAUAGGAUUUUUGGCCCUUUUUCAAGUGGUCUUAAACUUUUGAUCGGGUCACAGUCCCUGCAUUUAAAGUCCCGACUGUCACCUGCACUCUCGCUGCCUUCUAACGCACCAUCCCCCUUUCUCCUUCUGCCGGCAGCAGCACAGUUUCACCCUGUUAGCUAGCAGCACCGGAGCAGUUCAUUGUUAACCCGGACCCCGACCCAUCCGGUGUGCACAUCUCAUCCUGUAUUUUGCUCAUGCUGAUGUGGCCUUGCUGCAUUGCUGACACGGUCUGACUAAUGUUUCACUGCUGUUUCCCAGCAAGGCUUCAGUUUGUCUUCUGUUGGAUUAUUUUACCUGCAGGCCUGUAUGAUGAUGUUGAAUACAGUUUCACCUGAGAGUUGCUGCUGAAUCGCACACUGAACAGCUGUAAUCUCACCCUCAGCUGAUGAAAUCUCUUCUCUCUGCUGUUAGCGUGUUUUUGUUUUCUCCAUGAUGCUAACCACUCUUGCAAGAAAAGGGGAGGGGCUUGGAGAAUUCCUAUACAGACACCUCUCUUCUUUACUCAGAACUUUCUGUCAAACUAAAUUCAUUUAACAACUUGUAAAAAUCAUUUUGCAGUAUAAGUGUGUGCUGUCUCUGGUCUCCAGAGCCGUCCUCACAGCAGACACCGUGAGGUCACUAAUGGUUGUGACGGUGCCGGAGACUUCAGGUGGAUCAGAAUGUCUGUAAACUGCAGAAUGAGAGCCAAUAAAGUCCAAAUGUACCAACAGGAAAAAACAAAAUUAGAUGUGACAGCUGUGCGUAUCAUAACCAACAAGAUUCCAACAUUAGAUAAUGCUAAGAACAACCCUGCACUGCAGUGAGGUUGGCAUGACAGGAAGUCGAGAUGAUGAAGAUAGUCCAGCCUUCAAACUAAGACGCGUGAUGUAUAAAAGUCUUUCUACGGACUAAAGGACGGUUUGAGGUUCCUGCUGGCACCAUGCACUGUCUGCACAAGCUUCUUCUUUGUCUUCUACCAUGUCUACGAGACAUCAAGUUUGCAACAGGAAUUAUUGAUGGAGAAAAAGCUCCGGAGAACUCGAUGCCGUACAUGGUGUCAGUGCAGGAUAACAAGGGUCGACAUGUCUGUGGAGGUUUCCUCAUCACUGAAGACUUUGUGCUCAGUAGUGCACACUGUGGCAACUCAGGCCUCACACACGUCGUUCUCGGCAACCACAAUCUGAAGAAGGCUGAUCAUCAGAAAGUAAGGAUUGGAAAAAAAAUCAUCCCUGAAAAUUACCAACACGUUGGACAUGGUAAUGACAUCAUGUUACUCCAACUGUCUGAGAAAGUUCGAUUAGGCCACAGAGUGCAAACAGUUCAGCUUCCACCUGCUGAAACAAACCUAACAGAAAAUCAAGUGUGUCAGGUGGCCGGAUGGGGAAAAACUAAAACUGAUGAUAAUAAACCUGUUGAUGAGCUGAUGGUGGUGGACGUGUCUGUCAUUGAUAGACAGGUCUGUGAGUUACUGUGGCGUGGUCUUCCUGCCGAUGUUACCUGUGCAGGUGGAUAUAAGACAACCAAAGGAUUCUGUCAGGGUGAUUCUGGUGCCCCUCUGGUGUGCGACGGGUUGGCUGUUGGUCUCGUUUCCUUCAACUAUAAAAGUAACUGUAACUACCCCGAUAAACCCAACGUCUAUACGGACAUUUCAAAACACCUUCGAUGGAUCAACGAGGUUCUGCCACAUCAUGGGUCACAAUCUUUCACGUUCUAUUGCAGGAAGCUUUCCACCUCACACUGUCAGUCUGCCCCAGGGCAGCUGUGGCUACAACUGUAGCUUGCCUCCACCAGUGUGUGAAUGUGCGUGUGAAUGGGUGGAUGACUGGGUAUGUAAAGCGCUUUGGGGUCCUUAGGCGGGACUAGUAAAAGCGCUAUACAAAUACAGGCCAUUUACCAUUUACCACUGCUCUGCUGUGACACACGGGGAAACAUGAACUCGUACGUUUUUAUAAAUGUCUUCAGUUUGACGAAGAAUUUUGGUUUCACUUAUUUAAUCGGGUCAUUUUGCUUCCACGUUGGUUAUUAUUUUUUUUAUUUUUUUUUUCUCUUUCUUGGAUUUUUUUCUCGGGACUUUCAGAUCCUGUUCAUCAGCUGUGGAGGGUUUUUUGGGUCUACCACUUAAGUACACGCAGAGAUAUGCCACGCUGAACAGAUUUCUGCGUCUGUUCAUGUUUCCUUAUCAUCACGAGUGCCUCUGAAGAUAACUGAAAAACUUCUGUUUGAUUGUAUAUGGAGAAAUAAGAGCCUAUAUUAAAAAGAGUGUUUUGUUUAAUGCUAAAAAAUCUGGUGGUUUGGAAGUUUAUUGGAUUUCUGAUGCAGUGCACUCACUUGGCCAGCGAUGCUGAGUUGUCAAAUAGCUCAGCAGAAACAUUUCAAUGAUGUGGAGUUUGUUUUUUGUUCGUGCAGUUUACAGAUUUCCACUGAACGCAUCACGUGCAGGCUGGGAUGAUGGUGGUUUCUAAGGAAACCAUCCCGAGUGUGUUUCGGUGACUGCAGUCAUUUUCCAGGGAAAAAUAAAAAACAGUCCACUUUAAACACCUGACGGAGGGUUCAGGUUAACAUGAGGUGUCUGACUCACCUGUGACAGGUAAACCGGAGUGUAAGAGACUCACAGGUGCAUUAAACGUCUUCAGGAGGUGGAACAACAAAAAUUUAGUCUUAAUGAAUUCACAGCCCUCCUUAAGUCAUGACACCAAAGCACAGCUUUAACUUCUCUGCAAUGAAACACACCUGUGUCCUGGAAGUGAUGUCACAGUGGCUCUUUCUUUGCUUCCUGUUUGAGGUGAAGGCACCUUGACAACUUGUUAGGCUCAUGAAGAUUUGACCUCUCAGCCUGGCGUCUCCAGCCUAAAAGCUGGUGUCCCAGCCUGGAGGAGGUCCUGAGGGUCAUCAUGUGGGUCGAGGUGUGAUGUUUGGGAUGGACUCACCUGGGAUGGGGUCUCCUCCUUUACUCAGCCGUGACCUGAGCUGAGAACCUGCUGAUAGUUUGAAUUCCCUUUAAAGCUUUAAAACGUUUUUUUCAUCAUUUUAAAAAAGUACCGGCAUGUUAAAGCUGACUCAGGGAAGGAAAUACAGUUUAAUCUAAUCACAUCAGUCAGGGUGGUGCCCCCUUCCCUCGAGCACACCUGGGCAUCAGCCCCUCCAACAAAGAGAAAUGAUUUUCAAGCAAAAGUGUGAUGAUGUCAUCAUGUGUGUUUCAGAGACAGUCAGGGCUGGACUGGGACAAAAAAUCGGGCAU